AUAAAAAUAAUAUUAAAAAAGAAAAGAAUAGAAAAGGAAAAGAAAAACUCUCUCUCUAUUCACUUGCCGCUCUCUUCAGUCGCCUCACCUGCAUAUCUGAAGCAUCUCACCGGCAGUCACGCAGGGUUUUCACUUUCAAUGGUCGCAUGAUAUAAUAUAAUAUAAUAGAGGAUAUUUGAACCUGAGUUUUGGGGGUUGGGGUUAGAUGGCAUUCAGAGGGCGAGGGCGUGGACGUGGAUAUGGAGGUGGUGGCGGCGGUUUUAAAUAUGCCAAGCAAGAGCCCUUUGAACUCUUUCCUGAUAUUGAAUUACCUUGUAUCGGAAGUGUGAUCAAAGAAGAAUCUGAUAAAAAAAAAGGAGAAACUGAUCAAAAAGGAAAAGGUUUGACCAGAGAAGAAACUUUAGUUUCUACCGGCAUGCGCUUGCAAAUUUUUUGGAAAAGCUCUGCUUAUUUUCUUGAGGAGACUGUUCCCAAAAAGAGCCAAAGUACGGAUAUAGAAAGAUACUCUGACAGGACAAAACCAAGGACCACAGUGACACGUGAUUCUCUUUCGCAAAUUUUGGUGGUUAAAAGAUUUCCUCAAGAACUAAUUGGAGGUUGGAAAGGGCAGCAGCCAAGCAGGAAAAAGGUUCGAUGGAAUCCCGAGUCAGAUCUGCAGAAGCUAGAUUUUUUAGAGAAGCUUGAACAAAGGUUUCAGGGCCAAGAGGAUAAAGGUGAAAAGGAAAAGAAAGAAGGUGAAGACGAGGAUGAAGAUGAAGAAGAGGGAGAAGAUGCUGAGGAAGAACCUAGUGAUGAUGAUUAUUAUCAGAAUGAUUAUUUUGAUGAUGAUGAAGAUGAUUAUAACGAAGUUGAUGACGGUGGUGAAGAUGAAGGUAUUUAUUAAUCACCAUGUGAAGAAUGUGAACAGUUCGAUGCAAGUUGUGCAGAUAUGGAAGUACUCCUUUUUCUUAUAGGAUUAAUUGGGAUUUCAAAUGUGAAUUUGACACCAUACAAGGCUUCUUUCAGAUACAAAGGUCCUAUCUGUUAAUCCCCUCUGUUAAUGGUUGCCUUCUUGUGAGUUUGACUACUAAAAUUUUGCGGUUGAAAUUUCCUGCUUGACGAGAAAGAUAUGCAGGAGUACAGUAGUUUUUGUUUCAGUAUGAGUAAGUACAUGAGCAUUUUUAUCAUGGUUAGGUGUUUACAUGUACCUUUUUUUUUUCUUCUUAUGAUAAGGUUUUUAUGUAUUAGGCGGAUGUCUGCUAACUUAAGGAGCUUCAUUUGUCUCAACUUUCAACAGUAAACACUUCGUUUCGGUUGAAAA